AUGUCUGGAAAGGUGUUUCUCACAUUCACUUUCGUGCUUCUUCUCCUCCUUUCAUACUCAAUUUUCAUUGGCACCCUCGACAUUCGAUCUUACUUCUUCCCUCGCUUAAAGUUGACCGCGGCUGCACCCACUCCAUGUGCACCCGACCCGCCUCUUCGGGUCUUCAUGUACGAUCUCCCUCGCCGCUUCAACGUCGGCAUGAUUGACCGUCGCAACACGGCGGAGACUCCCGUCACCGUCGAGGACUGGCCGCGGUGGCCAGAGAAUUGGGGGCUGAAGAAGCAGCACAGCGUGGAGUACUGGAUGAUGGGGUCGCUGCUCCACGAUGGCGAAGGCAAAGAAGCGGUUAGGGUUUCGGAUCCGGAACUCGCCGACGCAUUCUUCGUUCCGUUCUUCUCUUCGCUCAGUUUCAACACGCACGGUCACAACAUGAAGGACCCCGCCACGCAGCUGGAUCGCCAAUUGCAGGUUGAUUUAAUGGAACUCUUAAAGAAAUCCAAAUACUGGCAGAGGUCUGGAGGUAGAGACCAUGUAUUUCCUGUCACACAUCCCAAUGCCUUUAGGUUCCUAAGAAAUCAGUUGAAUGAAUCCAUACAGGUUGUUGUGGAUUUUGGUCGCUACCCUAGGGGCAUGACUAAUUUGUACAAAGAUGUGGUGUCCCCGUAUGUGCAUGUUGUGGACUCUUUUACAGUUGAUGAGCCUCAAGAUCCGUAUGAGUCUCGCUCAACACUGCUUUUCUUCCGAGGGAGGACUUACAGGAAGGAUGAAGGGAUUGUCCGUGUUAAACUAGCAAAGAUACUGUCUGGUUAUGAUGAUGUUCACUAUGAGCGAAGUGUUGCUACAGAAGAAAACAUAAAAUUGUCAUCUAAAGGGAUGCGUUCAUCAAAGUUCUGUUUAGAUCCAGCUGGAGACACACCGUCAUCUUGUCGGCUUUUUGAUGCCAUUGUGAGUCAUUGUGUUCCUGUCAUUGUUAGUGAUCAAAUUGAACUCCCAUUUGAGGAUGAGAUUGACUACUCCCAGUUCUCAAUUUUCUUCUCUUUCAAAGAGGCAUUAAAGCCUGGCUACAUGAUCGAUCAACUUCGUAAAAUUCCAAAACAGAAAUGGACUGAAAUGUGGAGGCAACUUAAAAACAUCUCCCAUCAUUAUGAAUUCCAUUACCCUCCAAAAAGAGAAGAUGCUGUUGGUAUGCUUUGGAGACAGGUCAAGCACAAGCUUUCAGGAGUCAGCCUUUCUGUUCAUAGAAGCAGGAGGUUAAAAAUCCCAGAUUGGUGGCAGGGGAAAUGA